UACUUCCGGGGUCAGUAAACGGCAGUCGGCGUGCGUGUGGUUUCGUUUAUGUUUCCCACCGGAACCGCCAGCGUGUGUUUUCCCGUUAAACACCGACCGACAGCGGCUGAGCUAUGAACGCCGUCUUCCGGAAGUUGCAGGCGUCCGUGUUAAACCAAGCGCCUGCAUUAUGCCGGGCCACGCCGUCCGUCCAGGCUCCUGAGAACGCGAGACGAUACAGAACCAUGCCGACGCACGGCAUCGGGCGGUGGAGGCAUCUUCUACCCAAAGAAGCGCCAAAGAAAAAGAAAGACAAACAGCGGAUGAAAGAGAUCCAGGCGCAGACGGACACGGCGUACGGGACCCUGAACGUGAACGUGUCGGGUUACGACAUGACGUUGGUGGAGCAUUACUCCCAGUACGUCCACAACCUCUGCAACCGGAUGGGCAUCAAAGUGGUAGAAAGCUACGCUUUGCCCACCAAGAGCACGGAGGUCAUGCUGUUGCCGGAUCAAGGCACCAAGAUGUUUGUGGACGCCGUCCUGAAGACUCACUCGCGAGUCGUCCAGUUGAGCAGCCUGAACGCCGCGGCGUGCCCCGUGUUCAUAGACGUCCUUUUGAAGAAUCAACCGGAGGGAGUUCAGCUCUCUGUGACGGAGCACACCGUGGCUGAUUUCCAAGCGAGGUUCAAAGGUCGUCCGGAUCUGGAGGGGCUGAUCGCUCAGAUCAGCAAUUAGGGGAACACGCCUCGAUUUCCUUUUAUUUAUUCUUAAAUGAAUGCCGUUAAAACGUGAUCAUUUGCACAGAAAACAUUGAAUAAUAACUGUACACGUUCAUCUUUGAUCCACUUUUGUGACCUCUGGAAAAUAAAACUCUUGCCUAUUGUUUUUUCCAAUUGAA